UGAGAAAGCUGUCUAAGAUGAGACAGGAGGGAACUUCCAAAUUCUAGACAGGCCAAUGUCGACAUGUUGAAAGAUACCAGUUCUGUGACACCCACCCAGAUGUGCGGCUCUCCCACUAGAACUGUCACUUAACCAUCAGCCUGGUUUCUAUCACACUGAUCUAGCCCGUCCCAAACAAUCUGGGCUCUUUGAAUGGCCUGAGGAAGCUGUGUAGUGUCUCACUAUAACCCCAGUUUAGAGACACUUCUAUGUAGAUGGUGUCACCUCAAGGAUUCUAAACUAAGAAUUUAUUUUAAUUUUUAGAAAGAUAACAAUGCAUAUUCUUGAAGAAAUGGGGACAUAAACCUUUCCUCAAUUAAACAAAGUAAACACUCAUGAUACCCUUCUGGUCUACCUGCUGGCUUUUUAUAGGAUACAAUAAAGAAGGAAACGUCAACAGAGACAGGUGCCCAGGCAAAGUGAGACAGAAAACACAUGUCCUCCCACCCACACAUACGGAAAAAGAUAUACACAGGCACAAAUAUUCCAAGAGAAAUAGACUUUCCCAGUAAGACAGCCAUCCCUUUCGGCAUUUUAGGAGUCUGGGCUUUUGAGUGGCAGCCAGAUUUCACAGUACAAGAUGAGCCUGUGGGCCUCUUGCCCACCUGCUAGCCUGACAGCUGCAUUUGGAAACAUAAAGGCCAGGAGCACCUGUAGCCCUGGGGCCCACUCAGUACUUGCGUCCUGGACUCACGGAGGCACACCCAGACCUUGGCAGUACCAGUUCAGUUACACAGCUUGUCCUGCCCUCGGGCACUCAGUACCAAAAGGACAGGUUCCUGGACGGUGCACACAUGAGCCUGCUUCUGUUCACCAGACUUAUUUCUAUCCAACAGGUGAGACCAUCCCUACUGGACUAAUCUCUUGGCACUGUUCUAAAUCGAGAUGAGUCAUCCCUGUGUGUCUCUUUUAGCUCCACCUGCUCCCCAAGGUCUUGCCCUUCCCCAAGACGGAGCCCCAGGAAAGCAGGUCCUGGCAGUCCCUCUUGAGAUGCUGGAGGCCCAGGAUUUGGUGUCAUUUGAUAUUGUACUGUGGCCCCAACAGCAGGAGGGGCUGAGUCUGAGCCUGAGCCCGGAGCAGCAGGCACUGGUGUUUCCCAGGGCUGUGACUUCCAUUGGUAAGGAUGCUUCCAGAACUUCUCCAAACUCAUCGAGUUCACACGGACACGCUCUAUUGGUAUGAGACCCAUCCCUCAGCACGGAGCACACUAAGCACCCUGAAAGCACCUCUGUGACUUCCCACCAGAAGAUGGGUGACGAAGACCAACUGCAAGAGAUGGCGUCCACGAGUUCCCCGAGGGCCAAUGACCCCAGCGCUGAGGUCAAACAGAAUGGGGACUCUGGGGGAAGGGGAGGGAGCCCACAGAAUACGCCCAUAGAACACCAUUUUGCAUGUAAAGAGUGCGGGGACACCUUCCGCCUUAAAGUCCUCCUUGUCCAGCACCAGAGGGUUCACAGCGAGGAGAAGGGCUGGGAGUGUGGCGAUUGCAGGAAGGUCUUCAGGGGGCUGUCAGAGUUUAAUGAGCACAGGAGAAGCCACGCAGCUGUGGCUACUGAGCCCCGGCCUGGCCCCAGUGGGGCUCUGGAAGAUGCCUUGGAAAAGCGGGAGCAAAUGGAGAGGGAGGCGAAGCCCUUUGAGUGUGAGGAAUGCGGGAAAAGGUUUAAGAAGAAUGCAGGCCUUAGUCAGCACCUGAGGGUGCACAGCAGAGAGAGGCCCUUUGAGUGUGAGGAGUGUGGGCAGUCCUUCCAAGCCAACACCCACCUCUUUCGACAUCAGAAGCUUCACACUUCGGAAAAGCCCUUUGCGUGCAAGGCGUGCAGCAGGGAUUUCCUGGACCGCCAGGAACUUCUCAAGCACCAGAGGAUGCACACAGGCCAGCUUCCCUUCGACUGCGACGACUGCGGCAAGUCCUUCCGUGGUGUCAACGGCCUGGCAGAGCACCAGCGCAUCCACAGCGGCGCCAAACCCUAUGGCUGUCCUCACUGCGGCAAGCUGUUCCGGAGGAGUUCAGAGCUCACCAAGCACCGGAGGAUCCACACCGGCGAGAAGCCCUAUGAGUGCGGCCAGUGUGGCAAGGCCUUCCGCCAGAGCUCUAGCCUGCUGGAGCACGCACGCAUCCACAGCGGCGAGAGGCCUUAUGCAUGCGGAGAGUGCAGCAAGGCUUUCCGAGGGCCCUCUGACCUCAUCAAGCAUCGACGCAUCCACAGCGGGCUGAAACCCUAUGAGUGCGACAAGUGUGGCAAGGCCUUCCGGAGGAGCUCAGGCCUGAGCCGCCACCGUCGGAUCCACAGUGGGGCCGGGAGCUGUGAGUGCAGUGAGUGUGGCCGCGUGUUCAAGAGGCGCUCAGCGCUGCAGAAGCACCAGCCCUCCCAUCGCGAGUAAACGCUGCCCUGGGGCCCAUAGCAAGGGUCUACAGAGGCCAUGGCCCAGUCAAAGGAAAUGAACAGCUUUGUAGUUCUUA